GAGGGCGGGCCCGAGCUGCCAUUUCGCGGCCGCCCGGCCCCCCGCUGUCGAGCGGUGCCGCCUCCCUCAGGCUCGGGCGCGACAUGGCGGCGGCGCGGGCGCUGCAGCUGUCGGUACUCCGGCUGCUGCUGCUCCCGCCGCUGCUGCUGGCGCUGCUGCCGGGCCCGGCGGGGGCCGUGUGGCCGCAGCCCCAGGCCCAGAGCUCCCCGCCCGGCGGCGGCCGCUGCCCGGUGCCGGCCCGCCGGUUCCGCUUCGCCGCGGCGGACGGUUCGGCCGUGGGGCCGGGCUGCGCCGUGCUGGACGCCGCCUUCCAGCGGUACUGGCCGCUGCUCUUCGGCCGUCCCACCGAGAAUGAGCCGUCCUGGAAAACACCCUGCACCGAGCUUCUCGUCUAUGUUUCCACUCCAGGCUGCGAUGGGUUUCCCAGCCUAGACUCCAACGAGAGCUAUAAGCUGUCUGUCUCCAAAGGCUCCAUGCUGCUCUCGGCAGAGACCAUCUGGGGAGCUCUCCGAGGCCUGGAAACAUUCAGCCAGCUUGUUGGGAGAGAUGAGAAUGGCACGUACUACAUCAAUGAGACAGAAAUCGUGGACUUUCCCCGCUUCCCUCACCGGGGACUGUUGCUGGACACCUCUCGUCACUACCUACCUCUGAGGGCUAUCCUGGAAACUCUGGACGUCAUGGCUUACAACAAGUUCAAUGUGUUUCACUGGCACAUUGUGGAUGACCCGUCUUUCCCUUAUGAGAGUUCCACGUUCCCAGAGCUCAGCAAGCAGGGAGCCUUCAACGCCAUGACCCAUGUGUACACAGCCAGUGACGUGCGCACUGUGAUCGAGUACGCCCGGCUGCGCGGCAUCAGAGUCAUUGCUGAGUUCGACACCCCCGGCCACACCCUCUCCUGGGGGCCAGGUGCUCCAGGCCUCCUGACUCCCUGCUAUAUGGGCAAGGCUCCUUCUGGAGUCUAUGGGCCCAUCAACCCCAUUGUUAACAGCACCUACCAGUUUGUGACCAGUUUGUUCCAAGAGGUCAGCACUGUGUUCCCAGACUUCUUUCUCCACCUUGGUGGCGAUGAGGUAGAUUUCACGUGCUGGAAAUCCAAUCCAGAAAUCCGUGCUUUCAUGAUUGAGAUGGGCCUUGGUGAAGAUUACAAAAAAUUAGAGUCUUUCUACAUCCAGAGGCUUCUGGACAUCGUCUCUUCCCUUGGCAAAGGUUAUAUUGUGUGGCAGGAGGUGUUUGACAACGACGUGAAGCUGAGGCCUGACACCAUCAUCCACGUGUGGAAGGAGAACAGCAUGCAGUACCUGAACGAGAUGGCCAAUGUCACCAGGGUUGGCUACCGGGCUCUGCUCUCUGCACCCUGGUACCUCAACCGCAUCUCCUAUGGGCAGGACUGGAUAGAAGCCUAUAAGGUGGAGCCCUUGAACUUUGAAGGCAGCCCUGAGCAGAAGGCCCUGGUGAUCGGUGGUGAGGCCUGCAUGUGGGGUGAAUAUGUGGAUGUCACCAACCUGACCCCCAGGCUCUGGCCAAGAGGUGGGGCCGUAGCCGAAAGACUCUGGAGCAAUGAGACUGUGAGGAACGUGCAAGACGCAUACGCUCGGCUGGCAGAGUUCCGCUGCACCCUACUUGGGCGUGGUGUCCAGGCACAGCCUCUCUACGUCGGAUACUGUGACCAUGAAUUUGGUGGGGUUUGAAGGGAGAGCCCCACUGCCCUCUGCGCACACAGGAGGAAUAUUCCCCCCUCAAAAGGGCAGAGGGACCCCUUGCCACCCCACCUUCUGCUCUGUUCAUUGCAAUGAACAUUUCUUUUGCCUCAGCAUGCACUCUUUACCUCUUUUUCUAUUUUUAUUUCUUUAAAUCUAUAAAUAAAUUACCCCAAAGAGGAAAAAGGUGCCUAUUCCUGCUCAUCUGGUGCUUGGGACACCGUGCAAGGGUUAGCAGGAGAUGGGUAGGGCUUGCUCCAGAGAUGCUGGUGGAGAAGCAUCAUCCUGGCAGCUCUGGAGUUUGCAGAGUGCUUGCAUAGCUGGAUAAACUGUGCUUAGCCUCUGCUGCUGUCCCAGGGUUUGCUUCUGCAGUCACAUUGUGCUGUGAGGUCCUGUCCUUGUCCCUUCUCUCUCUUGUGAUGGCCAGGCCUGCAAGCCACCACCUCUGCUGCCCUAAACUCUGGCUGCUGCCACCUCCUCUGACUUUUCCACAGCAGAUGAUAUCCUGGAGCCUCUUUGAGGAGCCCUUGCAAAUCUGCUAAAUGGUGCAUGGAUAUUACAAAAUCUCUGCUCAGUUCUUCAGGCUGUCACCUCUGCCUGGGAUUUGGCCAACUGACCCAUCCUCUUCCUGCUCCGUUAUUCUGAGGGUGAAGAGCUCAGCUCCAGGUCUCCUCCAUCCAGAGGGGUUGGUUUCAGGGGUGUUUUCCUUGGAGAAGAAACCAGUGGUGCUGCUGUCCCAUAGAGCUGGGACACGUGUGAUUGUUGUCCUUUGAUGGUUGGGAUUGCUAUGCUGGAAACGGCAUUCAGCUGAAAGCAGGGAAUCUGUCAGGAAGAAAUCCUGGCUGGCUGGGACUGUUGUAUGUGUGUCUUGGUCUUAAGUGAGUGAGAUACACUGUUAUGGCUGGAAACCUUUCAUGACUGAACUUUAAAUUAAAAAUAGUGAAUUAAUGGUUA